GUUCACGUAAUGAUGAUGAAGUAGGUUUUGGAGGAGGACCGACGGAUUUGUCCUUGUUAACGGAGUACGAUAAGCAUAUGGCUAUUCCGAUAUGGUAUGCAGACCCAAAUGACAAAGAGGAAUCAUGACGGACGACAAAGUUGGCCGAACAAGACGUGGCGGUGCAAGCAAAGCACAUAGCUCUGCACGUAGACAGGCUGCGGUCAAUGUAGAUAAAAUUCCAAGUCGAGCUAAAGGGAAAGCAGUUUCAACCACGAUGGAUGAGCCUCGACCGGAGGAUGCAGAAUCGCAAGAGGAGAAUGAAGACGUGGAAGAAAAUAUUUCUGAAGAAGGGGAAGAGGAAGGGGAGGAAGGGGAGGAAGGAGUGGAUGAGGAAGCGGAGGAAGCGGAUGAGGAAGCGGAUGAAGAGGGGGAUGAUGAUGGGGAAGAAGAAGUUGAUGAGGAAGCGGAAGAGGAAAUGGAGGAGGAAGAGGAGGCUGAACAACCACCACCAGAACCUAAAAAACCACGGAAAAAGGUUACACGAGUAACACAAGGAAGGAACCCACCACGAGUUAAACCACCACCAGUUACAUGUUAUGAUGGUGGUCCGUCUGACUUGUCUUUGUUGCCGGGAUUUGGAAAACAUGUUGCUGUACCGUUGUGGAAAGGAGAGCUCCAAUCCCGGUAUUUGAGGGUAAUGAACAACGGGAAAAAAAUCAACAAUUUCAAGAUAUGUCCGAAAGAGUACUCGUGGUUUUGGAAUGUCGUUAAUGCGUCCGGACUCGAAACUCUGCGGCGGACAAAUUACAAUCACACCGAUUGGGGUCUGUUGACGGCAUUUGCAGAGCGAUGGCAUCCUGAGACCGGAACUUUCCAUCUUCCUAUUGGUGAGAUGACUAUAACCUUGGACGACGUGUCCUCAUUGCUUCAUAUUCCGAUUACCGGAAAAAUGCUCGACCACAACGGAACGUCAUGUACAAAGGAAGAUGGUGAAGAGAUGUGCGUAGAGUAUCUGAACUUCCCUAUUAGUAAGUGCAAGAAAGAGUUUCAAAAAAUGAAAGGAGCACAUAUAGGGUUUAAGGCGUUGAAGGAUUUGUAUCUCGAUAAUUUGAAGGAUGCCUUGAAAGCUGAAAGGUUAAAGAAGCCUGCUGAAGAUGUGGAAUUCCUCAGGGAAUGCACCAUUAGAUGCUAUUUGCUCUACUUGAUCGGUGCAACCAUUUUCACCAACAAAAGUAUGCAGUACGUGGACGUCAUUUUUCUUACCUACUUGCGAGACCUCAGUUUAGUUAACACGUGGAAUUGGGGUGCUUCUGGGCUGGCAUAUCUGUACAACUACUUGGAUGCUGCAAGCCGCCCGAGAUGUGGAAAUCAUGGUGGUUAUAACUGUCUAUUUCAGGCCUGGAUUAUGGCGCAUUUCAAAACUUUUGGUGGACGUUUUGUUGAUGAGAGAUACACCCACGACAAUCCCUAUGCGGCAAGAUUUUUGCCUUUAAAAGGACCAAAAUUUCCAGGGCAGCAUAGGUCCGCAUUGGAUACAAUGCGCAUGGAUGAAGUGGUGUUUUGCCCAUAUGAGGAGCACCGGCAAACCAGACCCUUUCAAGAUAUCAGUUGGUACACUGGUUGGAUUAUGUGUGGAAGUGCUAUUAUCAAUCCACACUUGCCAGAACGUGUCCUCCGACAAUUUGGACAUGUCCAGUCUAUCCCUAGGCACCCUGAUGUAUCUGCAAAGGCUGGUAUGAAUCGGUUUACGAUUGCUGAUGCAUUUGCUUCCUACCUGACUGCCAACUAUGUGACAGAGGAGAUGCGAGGACCAAAAGUUGUGCGUGCAUUUGAUACCGUACCCGGAUACAUUCCAUGGUUAUACCGUGUUUCUCAUCCGAAGAUAUUGCCACCGGUUGAAGCGGAUCCACCAACACAUGCUAACCUUGAGGAGGACAACGUGAGUGGUGAAUGCGACGUGUCUGAAGUGACUAAGAAGGUUCGAGCGGAUUUGAGGAAAGCGCUCGAUGGUCAACUCAAUUUGGCCGAUGCUUUGGUGGUUAUUGAAAAAGCCUACACUGAUUUGGAGCCUGUAGAUGCAUAUUUGGUGCGACGGAAGAGGAAAAGAGACUCGGGUGAAGGAACAAAGAAGAGGAAGAAGAAGAAGAAGACAACAACUGAAGAUGCCGGAACAAGCAGCUUGUAGUUUUUUAUUUUUUGUUUUCGCUAUGUUUUAUUUUUUUUUAAAUCCUGCCGUGUACAAUGGAACAACUUGUCCGUAUAAUUUCGUUUUGCUUGGGAUGUAUGAACAUGGAUUUAUAUUGAAUGCGGUUUCCAUUUAAUUUGUUUUUUUAUUGGAUUUGGAUUGGAAUGUAUGAAUUUCAUUUGAAAUACGAUUAUAUCCGAACAGGUGAUUUCGCGUGGAUAUGAUCCCACGGGUGAUACAUAGUUUAAAGUCAUUUGUUGGGAAAAGAUAUAUUUCGGUAAAACUUUGCCGAAACAUACUAAAACAGUGAGCCAGACAAAAA